UCGCUUGUUGCCAACUUCCCGUCAGUCAUUUUGUGAUCAUUUUCUUUGGUGGCUGUUGGGUUUACGGUCAACGAAAUCGAUAAAAAUCUUAAUCAUCCAGAGUCUUUUUAAAAAGUGUCACUAUGAGUUCGGGAAUGCCUGAAUUAGGCUCCAAGAUAAGCCUAAUAUCUAAAGCCGAUAUCCGCUAUGAAGGUCGACUAUUCACCGUUGAUCCUCAAGAAUGCACCAUUGCUCUGGCUAGCGUGCGAUCAUUUGGUACUGAGGAUAGGGAGACUCAAUUUCCGGUAGCUCCUCAAAGCCAAGUCUAUGACUACAUCUUAUUCAGAGGUUCUGACAUCAAGGAUAUCCGUGUUCUUAACAAUGUGUCCUCCUUGCCAAACGACCCUGCCAUUGUGCAGAUGUCUGUACCACCAUCCAUCGGGAGUGGAAACCAAGCACAGUUUGUGGGACAAUACAGCCAUCCAGUUGUGGGUCAGGGCCAAUACCCACAAUAUCACCCUAUGGGGGGUUUUCCGGGCAGUAUGCACACACAACUCAACAAGACGAGUGAGUUGUCCCCUCAGACUUCAGUGGAUUUAGCCCCCCAGCAGCCUGUCAAAGCCCCAAUAGGAUCUGGAGUUGUCCAGCACCAAGUGAAAGACCAAGGUUCCAUGCUAGAUUUGAUCGGUGGAGGUUCCCAACAAAAUGCUUCACGUUCAGGAACACCUGCGGCUGUCGGUCACAGGAAGAGCCCGACUGCAGAUCAGGGUACACAGCAGGCUGGAGCAAGUGGGUCCGGGCAGCGUGAUUCUCGUCGUGGCGCCAACGCAUCCAAACCAGUGCGUCGUCAGAGCUCCCGCAGUCGCCAGCGACAAUCCAGCGGAUCGCAAUCGCAGCCGCCGUCCCAGCAGCAGAUGCAGAAUCAGCCACAAUCUCAGCCGCACCAUAAUCACCACCAACCUGGUGAGCUUGUUGAAAGUAUGGGCUACAACAGAGGUGGUUGGAGAGGCAGAUCCCGCGGCCGCGGUCGCGGGGGCUUCGUGCCUCGCAACAAGAACACUCUGAAGUUCGACAACGACUAUGACUUUGAGCAAGCCAACACCGAGUUUGAGGAACUGAGGACCCAACUGGCCAAGGCCAAGAUUGCCGACGGUGAAACUAAAGUGGAGCCUGAUGUUGAACAGGGUGAGCCGGACAAGAAGGACGACUCGGGCAACGAGACGGGAGCUGGAGAGCCAGAUGUUGAGGAUGACUUCACCGGCUACGACAAGAAGAAAAGCUUCUUUGAUAACAUCUCUUGUGAGGCUGUUGAGAGGCAAAAGGGCCGCAGCCAGCGGACGGACUGGCGGACGGAGCGUAAGCUGAACUCUGAGACGUUCGGCGUAGCGUCCGCUCGUCGCGGGGCUUGGCGCGGUCGAUCUGCCUGGAGGCACAACCCACACAACCUCCACAACCCUCACAACCCUCACAACAUGCACAAUAUGCACAACCAGCAUCCGAUGUACUUCCCGAGCUGGCGGCCGAUGCGUGGCGGACGCGGCCGACCCAACAACAUGCACCCUCACAACAACCACAACGCUCACAACAAUCACAACAACCGCCAACAACGCCCGAACAACACGCCCGCGCCACCCGCCCCGCAACCCGCUGCUACCGCCAAGUAGGAGAGGUGGAAGUGUCACCGGAAGCCGAAUCUUAAUUUAUUAUCGCGAGGACUUAUAACUAGUGGAAAAGUGUAUUAUGUUUAUAGAAACGUGUCUAAAUGGACUCACUCACGGGAAUGUAUCGGUUCGAUUAGAGAUUUGUGACGGACAUUGCUCUGGAGUGACAAGUGUUGUAUCCUAUAUUUGGAAGUGUUACGAAACUCCCGUGAACGAAAUUGAUUCGUCCAAGAUGUGCGUGCGACCGGCCCGUGGCCAGCACCGAGGUGCCCCUGGCAAGAAAACUUGAUCUUAGAGAUGAGCACUCAACGUAUUAAGUCGGAACUCAAUCUUUCGAACGGUGGCCGGUAAUCUUCUCGACUUACAGAAAUGACUAUGGACCGACUCUACGAUUAGAUUGUUAAUAUUUUGAGUGCAGUCUCAAAUGCUUGUGAUAUUUUCCAAGAUUUCUUGUCGUAGGCCUUAAAUGUCACUAUAGGCUUAAAAUGUAUAAAUGUGAUCAUUGAGGCUGACAAAUCACUCAUAGAUUAUAGUUUAUUUAUGUAGCCGUUCCACAAAUGCGCGCGAGUGGGCGAGCGCGGUCGAAGGUUGUCGGAUAUUAAGGGGGAGAUUCCAUUCCUUAUAAUUUCCAUUAGAUUAAAUGUGUUUUGGAAUUGAGAUUUUGUAAGUGGAACUACGGAACUGAAUUCUAUAUUUGUAAUAAUUCAUGCGCCUUUGUGGAAUAGUGAGCCCGAUCGAAUCGUAUAUUUUCAUAGCUUGUCAGAUAAAAAUGUGCCUAUUGAUAGAUAUUUUUUUGUUGUUGCACAUUUUCCUUUUCAAAGGCAGUCGCAGCCCCGAUUCUGCUGGACAGAUUUGGAUAAUUUUUGACAGUGAAAAACGUGGGGCUGCCCCCUGUGACCGAACACUGGAAUUCUCUUAAGUAUUGUUAAUAUUGUAGUUAAAUGUGUCACAGGAGUCGGAGCUUUUAUCCAGUGUAUCACAGUUAGUAUGAUUCUUAAAGGACUGCUUCCUCAUUUCUUUUUUUUGUCAUUUGUUAUGAGGGACUUGUUAACCUUUUUUAAAAAUUAAAAGCUGGUGUACCUGGAUUGUAUUAAAAAAUAUACAUUUCUAAAUCUUAA